AGUCUCUGCUGAAUGAGGAAGCAGCAGAGCCAUUUUCACUCUUGAGAAACUACACGCCGGUGGUGUGCCUGCGCGCGACAGAGCGCCAGCCCAGGGGGGGGAUCAAAGUCCUCCUGGAUUCGCUCCGCAAUUCCCACGUCGCACCGCGCUCGCCUUAGCCUACCUCCCGCUCUCCGGCUACUGGAUUUAAUUUGAAGUUGGGGCGACCCAGAAGAAGACACAAUGGAGCGAAGAGCCUUUGGCAACUGGGCCGUUGUACUACUGAGAGGGGGAUGGGGUAGAGAGAAGACCGGUUCACACAGCUAACACAGCCUGCUGGGCUGCAGGCUUCCGUGGCCUCUCCUCCUCCUCCUCUCCCGAACCCGCUCUUCCCGUCCCGGGCUGUUUCUUCUUUUCCUGGAACAGCCGCCCCCUCAAACUCCACUAGGACUACGCAAUGGAUUUACUCGUCAUGUUCUGUGGGAUUUUAGGAUACACACCAGAGCCUCUGGCUUAAAUCGGUGCUCUGGAUGACGGAAAAGGAAAAACAAACUUUCCUAUAUCUUUUUUUAACCUCUUUAGGGAUUGUGGCUCGUCUCAGUGUCGCGGAGUUUAUUUAAAUGGAUUUCAAGAUGCAUGCCAAGUCCAAUGAUUUGCUGGAUUUCCAAAAACUGGAUGCCCUUCUGGAAAAGAUUGCGCAUUCGGUCUCAGUGAAAAGAGAGUCCAGCGAAGAGUGCAAUGGGAUCAGCGGUGCUCUGUCAGUGGAGUCUGUGCCGGGGCCAAGAUUGAACUGGUGUACUGCCAACCCCGCUCCCUCUGCCCUCGCUCCAGCCCCUGCUCCGGGGCCAGAGCCCAUGCCCAACCCUGUCAGAAUGGGGGACGGCCUGGAUGCAGCGCAGAUGUCGGGCAGCAGCAGCAGCAGCAGCAGUAGUAGCAGCGGCCAGGGGCAGCACCACAUGGCAGGCAACCCCCCGCCCCCGGAAUACAACAACCCUGACAGACCUAAGCGCCAGACCAAUCAGCUGCACUACCUGCUCAAGGUGGUGGUGAAGACCCUGUGGAAGCACCAGUUUGCCUGGCCCUUCCAAGCACCCGUGGAUGCAGUCAAACUCAAUCUGCCCGACUACUACACAAUAAUAAAACAUCCUAUGGACAUGGGAACAAUUAAGAAAAGGCUUGAAAACAGCUACUACUGCAAUGCCCAAGAAUGUAUUCAAGACUUCAACAAGAUGUUUACCAACUGCUACAUGUACAAUAAGCCUUCCGAUGACAUAGUCUUAAUGGCUAAAGCCCUUGAGAAGGCUUUUCUCCAAAAGGUCGCCGAAAUGCCUCAGGAAGAAAUUGAGAUUCCGGUCAUGACAGGGAAGGGCAGGGGCCGAGGUCGAAGAGAUGCCGGUCUCAGCUUGAAACCAGGGGCUAUAAUUGAUCCUUUGUCCACAACUCCUCAAACACGGGGCCUGUCCAACCUCUCGGCGGCACCUCAGAUCAGAGCAUCGGUGCAGGGCCCGCCUUCACUACCUCCUCAGCCUUUAAUGCAGGCCCUACCGUCCCACGUUCCCCCGACGUUAGCAAGCCACGCACCGCAGCUUGGAGUACCCUACUCCUUGGGCCAACUGGAUUGCACUCUUCAAGUUCCUAUGAUGACCUCUGUGCCUCCCCCUGCUCAGACCUCCCUUCCCCCAGCAUCCAUCCAGGGCACUGCCCCCCUGCUGCAAAACCCUAUCACCAUGACCAAACAAAGAAAGAGCCAGAAACGAAAAGCAGACACUACGACACCGACAGCCAACGACCAGCUCAAUGAGUCUUCCCCGGCGGAGUCCAAGUCGGGUAAGACGCUGCCCCGGCGGGAAAGCAACCGCCCCACCAAAAUUAUCAAGAAGGAGGCGCCGGACUCGCAGCAUCAAGUAGCGAUGGGGAUGGGGAUGGGACUGAGUGGCCCGAGUAGCGGCCAUAGCCCCGUUCCACAAGAUCAGCUGGGAUACUGUUUGAGUCUGGUCAGGGAGAUGUUGUCCAAGAAACACACGACGUACGCCUGGCCCUUCUACAAGCCCGUGGACGUGGCUGCACUGGGACUGCACGAUUAUCACGACAUCAUUAAGCAUCCCAUGGACCUAAGCACCAUUAAGGCCAAGCUGGAGAACAGGCAAUACCGGGACCCCCAGGAGUUUGCUGCUGAUGUGCGGUUAAUGUUUUCCAACUGUUACAAAUAUAAUCCGCCAGACCAUGAGGUGGUGGCUAUGGCACGCAAGCUACAGGACGUGUUCGAGAUGCGCUUCGCCAAGAUGCCCGAUGAGCCAGAGACCAAGCCUCUCGCCUCCGUCCCAGCACCUCCGCUUCACCACCCGGCCCCGGUUAAACCCCAGCCUCCAAUGGGCCACGUCGCGUCUUCCUCCGACAGCUCCAGCGACUCCUCCUCUGAGUCCGAGUCUUCAACGGACGACUCUGAAGAGGAGCGAGCUCAGAGACUGGCGGAGCUCCAGGAGCAGCUGAAGGCUGUCCACGAGCAGCUGGCCGCCCUGUCCCAGCCUCAAGCCAGCAAACCAAAGAGAAAAGAGAAGGAAAAGAAAGAGAAGAAGAAAGACAAACACAAGAAGAAAGUUGGCAUGCCCGGCCUUGUCGACGAGAUCCAGGAUGCUACACCUGUUUCGCAGCUGUCUAAAAGGACCAAGUCCAGUACCAAUAACAACAAAGAGCUUCCCAAGAAGAAAUCCAGUAAAAAAGAGGGGAUGAAAAACAGCCAACCCUCCGCACUUCCGCCUGUUCUCAGCCUGGAAGACGAUUUGGCGACUCUGGCUUCCGGGGAAAAGUGCAAGCCGAUGACGUACGAGGAGAAGAGGCAGCUAAGCCUGGAUAUCAACAAGCUUCCCGGCGACAAACUCGGCCGCGUGGUGCAUAUCAUCCAGUCCAGAGAGCCCUCGCUCAAGAACUCCAACCCUGAUGAAAUUGAGAUAGACUUUGAAACGUUGAAGCCUUCCACGCUGCGGGAGCUGGAGAGAUACGUGUCCACGUGCCUUCGAAAGAAGAAGAAAGGUGGAGCGGAGAAGUCUUUGGAGUCCAUGGCGUCCUCCAAAAAGAUAGGCUCUUCCUCGGAUAGCAGUGGCUCCAGCUCAGAGAGCGAAACGGAAGCUCCAGGCAUGGUAAAGCAACAGAAGAAGAAGGCCCAGUCUGUGAAGGAGGGAAAGAAGACGCAAUCUAACGUACAGGGUGUUCCGGCUCAGACUGUGCUUCAUCCUCAUGCAGCAGCUUUUCAGCCUCAGAUGAAGCAACAUCAGCCACCCCCUGUGGACUACAUGGCUCCGCCCGUCACCGCCCUGGAGUCUUCCCAAAACUUGGAGAACAGCUUUGAGUCCCUGCCUUCUUUCGGCCAGCCCCUCAUGCAUCUUUCCCACCACACUGGCAAUUCCUCGUCCCCUGCGCCGCCUCAGCUCAGUGCUAACCCUGCCGGGCCAGUGUCGCCCGAGACGCAUCCCUUCCUCAACCAACAUCAUAUUCUCCCAUCUCCUGCCUUGCACAGUUCCCUGCCUCAGCAGCCCUCUCGGCCCAGUCACAAGGCGGCACCUCUUCAUCCCAAACCCCCCCAGCAGCAACCAGCACCUCCCCAGCAGCAGCCAGUGUUGCAGCAACAGCCGACCCUGCAGCAACAGCCAACAUUGCAGCAGCAGCAGCAGCCCACGUUGCAGCAACAUCAGCAGCUCCAAGCCCAGUCCGCAGCUCCACCGCAUCAGCUCCCCAUGCAGAUCCUUCACCCUCCUCAGCCCAUGCACCAGAGGCCCAUGUCCCCGCCGACGCUCACACCCCAGGGCUUGCUGUCUUCGCAGCCGCCCCAGAUGCUGCUCGAGGAUGACGAAGAUUCAGGAUCCGCAACGCCUAUGAACCAAGUGCAAUUGUACCUGCAGCAGUUCCAGCAAGCCCGUCAGCCCCAGCAGCCCAUGCAGUCGCUUCAGGCGCAAGCCCGUCAGCAGCAGCAGCAGUCAGGACAGUCAUCUCUGCUGCAGUCGGUUCAGGGCCAACCUCAGCUCUCAUCCCAGAAUGCACUGCCCACCCCUCAGCUUCCAAUUCAGGCGCAGACUUCGAUAGCCCCGCCGCACCAAGCCCCGGCCCAACAGUUGUCCCUCCACCAGGGUCGCCACCUGCCACAUAGUCACCCUCAGCCUCAGCAGCAGCCGCAACAGCAGCAGCAGCAGCAGCUGAGCUAUCAGCAGGUUCCUGCGCUCAUUGGUCAGCCUCAGGGGCCACCACACAAGGUGGCCAUGCCCAGCAGCAAAGCACAGCAGAUCCUUCAGCAGCAGCCCCCAGAGCAGCUGUCCCCUCGCCCGGCCAAGCCUGACGCUUUCCUCACAGGUCACCUGAGGGAUAACCCAUCCCCUCUCAUGAUGCAUUCCCCGCAACUUCCUCAGUACCCUCCAGUGUCACACCAGUCUCCCCCUCAUCAUAUGCAGCCCAAGAAGCAAAGAGCUCCCGGGAGUCAAGGAGUUCUCAAAGAGGAGAAGCUUCCUCCUUCACCGGUGAUGAGGGGAGAGCCCUUUAACCCUGCCAUGAGGCCAGAGCAUCACAAGCAUCCCGACAGCAAGCCGUCUCAGCCGGGCCUUAGUCAGCAGAGUAAGCAACAAAGACACGAUGUGAAGUCCAUGGACAGCUCUCGGCCCGUCAUUCGCUCCUCUGAGCCCAGUGGACCGCCGCCCUCCCUGCAAGACAAGGAGAAGUUCAAACAGGAAUCCAAGGCACCUAUUGCACCCAAAAAGGAUGUGAAGCUGAAGAACAUGGGUUCGUGGGCCAGCCUGGCACAGAAGUCCACGUCUACGCCCUUGUCCGCCGUCAAGUCCUCGAGCGACAGCUUCGAGCAGUUCCGCCGAGCCGCUCGUGAGAAAGAGGAGCGGGAGAAGGCCCUCAAGGCGCAGGCUGAGCAGGCGGAAAAGGACCGACUACGUCGAGAGCAGGACAAACUACGAGGUCGGGAUGACGACGACAUCCUGGAGCCGAGCAGAAAGGUGCACGAGGAACCACGCAGGCGUCUGGAGCAGCAGCAGCAGCAGCAGCAUCACCACCAUCACCACCACCAGCAGCAGCAACAACAACAACAGCAGCAGCAGCAGCAGCAGCAACACAUCCCAGUACCCCCACAGCAACCCCCACAGCAACCUGAGCCUCAGCCAGCUGUCAUCCAGCCUCCCCCACAGCCUCCAACACCGCCUCAGCCUGCCGUACAGAGUCCGCUUGACCAGCAGAGGGAGCUAGCACGGCGACGGGAGCAGGAGAGGAGGCGACGAGAAGCGAUGGCAGCAACGAUUGACAUGAAUUUCCAAAGUGACUUAAUGGCCAUCUUUGAGGAGAACCUCUUUUGAGCAGAGGAGGAGUGGAAACUUAACUGCAAAAAAAAAAAGGCCCCUCUCCCUUCAUCCCCACGCAGAAGAGGGAUGACGAAAUCUUCAUGUUGGCCGUAGAGAGCGAGGACCCACAUAUGGGCACACUCUGCUGCCUUUUAAUGUUUCGUCUGGACGACGACGACAAUGACGACGACGACGGCGUGUUGGAGGGGCGAAGGAAGCCGAGAAAAUAUGCUCUGAUUACUUCCUGAACUAAAGUGGACGACACCGCUCUCUCUAUCUCUCUUUUUUUUUAAUGUUCUGUUUGUUGGAUGUGAACACAUGAAAUGGUCAGAGUGGGGAGGCAAGGGUUCCACACUGUAAAUGAUGUAUAUUUCUCAAUAGAGAAGGUACAGUUUGCCUUACACAUCUCUCUUUAAGACCAUGCGGUUCUGUGGCCUGCACACACAUUUAAAGAACAUUUAACCACAACUACAACAUGUAGGAGCAGUACAACCUUUUACCCCCCCCCCCCUCCUCAUUUCAUCCUAUCUACUACUGUAAAGAAGUAUUUUCUUAUACUACAAUAACUAUUAUUUGUAUUCUUUCCCCUCUUUAGCUCUUUUGAACCCAUACACUCCCAUCUCUCUCUCUCACACACACAAACACACACAUCUAUGCCAAACAACCUUUUAUGCUCACUUUCCUGUCCUCCACCAUUUAUAGGUAGCUAGCGUCAAAACAAAUAUAAAAUAUAUGCAUCACCAUGAUAAUUCCAGCAAGUAUUUAAUAAUGUUUGAAGGUUUUCAUAGGUCAGGAGCGUUUAGUUAAUAUUAUUUGACGACAAAGAAAAAAACGGCGUACCUGUAUCUAACCAUCUUGUUUACUUGUUGAAAAAAACGUUCAUAUCAGCAGUCAACACUACUGGAUUUUUUAGUCACGCGUCCAUUCUAGAAGUUUCUAUCCUUGUUCUUGGUUCUAGUGGAUGUGAGUAUGUGGGGAGGGGUGGGGGUGCAUCUGGUCGAAUUCAGUCAGCUUGUCUUCUGUAUGGUGUUUUGUUUUUUUUUUUCUCCAGUGCCUGUAUUGUAUUAUUACACUCGGAAGGGGCAGGGCUAGUGUAAUACUAUUUGAAUUUCAUUUUGAAAGAGUUUGUGUUAAAUAAAAAAAAUAAAUAAAAAAAGGAAAAAAAUAGAGGAGCGAAAGGAAAAAGAACAGCUUUUUUUAUACUUGGCCCGACAUUGGGGUUUUAAAUUUAGUUUUAGCUGGACUUCUAAUGUAUGCGCUCUCUCAUUUUAGCUCCAUUUGUCUCAGCGUUACAUUAGCUUAUAUAUGUGUGGGUGUGUGAUUGUGUACAUUUGAAUGGCUGUGUGUGUGUGUUUUAUUUUUUUUUAAGUGUGUGAUGCACAGAUGCGUGCCCUGAUGCAGAGAAGCGUUCUAGUGAAGAAGUAAACUUUUUUUUUUUUGUGCUUAAGCCACCUUUUUAAUUCCCGUUGAAGUCCACCGAAUAUGAAUAUAUCACUUAUAUUGUCGAGAACAUGGCUUUGAAUGGACAAAGAACUCAACUCCUUCUUAGGUUUGGUUUCCUCCUUUUCACAAUAACUGUCAAUAACUGUGCCAUGUGUUCUAUGGAGAAUGUGCUGACUCGGCCCGAGAGUUUGAUCCAUUCAGGUAUUUUAUUUUGUGUUACAUGCGUUCAGCUGUUUUGAGGGGGUUUUGUUCAGGCAAUGUCCUCGAUUUAUUGUUUUGCUAUGUGAGAUCUCUGAGUCUGUUAUGAUCAUUGAAUAAAUUCAUCUCUUUUAUAGAAAACAAUUAAAAAAAUAAACAAAAAUU